AGAGCGUCGACCGCGCGACUGAGCUCUGCGCGUUCACGUGGAACCUAUAAACGGUCGUGGCGCGCAGAGCUGUGAGUUGUCGUGGAGAGAGGAGAAGAGGAUAAUCGUGGCACAGGAUUGCAUCAGUAGCGCCGUGGGAGAUAACCUGACACAGCUACAGCAGGAAUACAUAAAAUGCCAUCACCACAAAGUUUUUUCUCUCUCUUUUAUAACACGUAGCUGCACCAACUUUGCUGUGCAAGGUGAUAUGUGAGCAGGAGAGUCCAGUCAUGCAGCUGAAUGAGACUGGAGUUCAAACACUGGCUCCAGAGCCAUGUGAGCAUCAACUACUACAGGAGGAGAACGCUGGAAACUGUAGCGGAGGUUCCACCAGCAACCUGUCGCUGCACUGCUGGCUGCAGCUCCUCACCAAGGAAUCUAUCAUGGAAUUUCAAACAGACAGCUCCAGUUUGGUGGUGCGUGUGAUGAUAGCAUGUGUCUACUCUAUCGUCUGUGCACUGGGGCUGGUAGGAAACUCACUGGCUCUGUAUCUGCUGCACUCACGUUACAGGCAGAAGCAAUCAUCCAUCAACUGCUUUGUGAUGGGACUGGCUAUCACAGACCUCCAGUUUGUUCUGACUUUACCUUUCUGGGCAGUGGACACAGCCCUGGACUUCCGCUGGCCAUUUGGCCGCGUGAUGUGCAAAAUCAUCAGCUCUGUCACCACCAUGAACAUGUACGCCAGUGUGUUCUUCCUCACAGCAAUGAGCGUGGCACGUUAUUACUCUAUCUCCACUGCACUGAAGAUGCACAGCCGGCGGGCUGCAGCCACUAGGGCCAAGUGGACAAGCCUGGGCAUCUGGGCUGUCUCUCUGCUGGCCACUUUGCCUCAUGCGAUUUACUCCACCAGCGCCCAGGUGUCAGAUGAGGAGCUUUGCCUGGUGCGCUUCCCAGACUCAGGCAGCUGGGAUCCACAGCUUCUUUUGGGUCUAUACCAGCUGCAAAAGGUCCUGCUGGGCUUCCUCAUUCCUCUGAUCAUAAUCACCGUCUGCUACCUGCUGCUACUGCGUUUCAUCCUCAGCCGACGCAUCACAGGUGCAGCGGGUCCAGAGGUUGAGCAGGGCCGGCAAAGUCGUCGCUCCAAAGUGACCAAAUCCAUUGUCAUUGUGGUUCUCUCCUUCUUUCUGUGCUGGCUUCCCAAUCAAGCGCUGACACUGUGGGGAGUGCUCAUAAAGUUUGACCUUGUGCCCUUCAGCAAGGCCUUCUACAAUGCGCAGGCCUACGCCUUCCCCCUGACGGUGUGUUUGGCACACACCAACAGCUGCCUCAACCCUGUGCUCUACUGCCUGAUUCGCCGGGAGUUUCGGGCAGGUCUCAAGGAGAUCCUCCUCCACGCCACGCCAUCCUUCAGGAGCCUUACUCAUCUGCUGCGUCGCAAGGCCAAAGUGGCUGAGGCGCCGCCUGUUCUUGUGCUGGUCCAAAUGGAUGUCUGACUUGGAUGACUGGCUUACUUACUGUGACAGAGGGGCAUAAGGAGUGAAUGACAAAGUAAAUAAGCCUAUAGUACCAUUGAUCUGGAGCUUUACCAUGAUGGUGCAUUUAUCUGAGCCCUGUCAACACAGAAUAUCAAAUAUCUUUUUGGCUUUUGAAAACAACUUAAUCAUAAUUGACUACCCAGUGGGAUGUGCCCCACUUUCACUGCAUGCACCAAGAUUCAUUUUGCCGCAAAUUGUUAUACAAUUGUUAUACAACGUCUCUCUCUCUCUCUCUCUCUCUCUCUCUCUCUCUGCCUCUGACAGGCAAUACGACUACUGUUCUCUGAUACGUUGUCAUGAAUAUGUAUAGAUGUCAAUCAUAAGUAAGAUUCAAACAGUUGCAACAUUCAGACUUGUUAUCUGAGAUGACCUCAGUUAAUCUAAUUGUAAACCUCAAUUAAUAAUUGUCUCAGAAUCGGCAUCAUGAGUGGGAUUAAGCAUUCUUUACACACACUGUGAGUUGAUGAGGGAAUUAUGUGGAUAACAACACAGGUAAAUCAGGACCAAGAUGUUUAGAAAGAAAAUGUAAAGAAACAUGAACAGAAUGAGUAAUGAAUAAGUUCCCAGUUGCUGUGUUUGUGUUUGUUCUAUGGUGCAAUUGUGUACAUUGUUUCAGAAAGUAAAAGCAAACUGAAAAAAAAUUUAACCUAAACUAAUGAUUUAAACAGUAGGCUAAUAGUGUAUGGUAUUAUUUGCUAAAUUUAAAACAUAAUAAAAAAGAAAGUAACUGAAAAGCCCAAUGGUGUAUAUUUGUUAAAAAAUGAGAAAAUAGCAAGUAUUGUACAACAUCUGUGCAACUCAUACAGGAGCAAAGAAUAGCUAGUUAGGUUGCACCUGAAAUGGAGAAAAAAGAAGAAAGAAAUCCAUAGAACGUGCAAGAACUGAAAUCAAUUUCCUGUCCUUUUUCAAGGUAAGACAAUAUGACACAAUACAUCAAAGGAUUCAGUAUAACAAGUGUAUAGUUCCAGAGAGGAAUGCUGUCAUUGUGGAAACAUUAGCAUCAAGAGUUGAGGUGAUUCAAAGGAGAUGUAUACUCCUGUGCAACAAAUAUUAGACUAUUCACAAGUGAGCUGAGCACAAAUACUGUUUUGUAUGCACACAAAUUGAAGCUCACUCUUUUUCUCCCUCUGACUGUACACUCAUACACACAUGCAGCAUAUAUCUGGGUGCCGUUUUCUCAUUGCUGUAGACGUGCCAGAUUUAAUAAAAUAAUGAAUUAUUUAGUAUUUACAGGAAAUUUGCAGUUUUGUGUAUCUUUGCAGCAUCUUCAAACCAAGCCAUUCAUAAAAAAAAUAAGCAUUUCUUAAUGGACAGUCCAUUGAUGCAGACACUAGCCUUUCCUUCUCUGUUAAAUUACACUGUUGCUGAAGGAGCUCAUAACUGAGUAAAACUGAUAAUGUGAUCUUCUGUGAAAAUGUUGUCACCCUGUAUUCUUUCAUGACUGUGACCAUGAUGAUCUUUUAAAGAAGACAUAUGUUGUUUUGAUGUUUCAAUGGAAAAUUAUAUUAAAUGACACACUGUAAUGAAAAGUAAAGAUUAAAUUAAAAACCC